AUGGUGUUACAACUGUGCUCGUCGUUUUAUUCCACGGUCAUGAUCGCUUACUGGUGACCUCGUUCAAGACAACAGAAGGACGUGAUCGUUCGUCAGUUGGUUGCAAUGCCAAAUAGCAGUUCACGAGUGAUCGUUAUGGAGAGCGCUUCAAAAGGUGCAAUUUGGGACAUUAAACUCGUUAAACUCGUCCGUAUUCUGCCAACAUUUAACGGUGUAGUGACCAGCGAUGGCAAACUUGGUCUUCAUGCUCCGAAUCGCGGCGGACUUUUCAUAAUCGAUAUGAGAACCGGCAGCAUAAUGAGAACGUUAAUUGGUAAUGUUGUGGAGGGUGUAAACGAUGUCAAAGCUGAGUUCACGCUAACCGGACAGCAUGUGCUCUAUUAUCACAGCGGUCAUCGAACGCUGAGAGCAUUUCGUGUUAGCGAUGGCAGCUUGGUCGGUACAUUCCGACCGCAUGCACGUAUCACCAGUUGGGCGUGCGAUCUGAGAGGAUAUUCUCUCGUGAUCGGCGGUCAAGACGGCUCUCUACUCACGACGAUUUUAUUUGAUGAAAAAACUGAAAAACGUGAUAUGCUCCAAGUUGUGGCACAGUUACCGAGUAGACGAUAUCUGGCCGAAUAUUUGAAAAUUCCGGUGAAUGAUUGA